CCUCAAGCCUCGGGCGGUCACACAGACGCAAGUGUAAAAGUAGCAGCUCCAACUGUUGCCCGGACUAAAACCCAUUCAGCAUCCAGGUCUCACACAGUCUGACAGAGAGGAGAGAAGGAGAGAGAGAGAAGGCGCACCGAGCACGAAGAGGAAAGUGAGAGGAGAGGUGGAACAUUUGCGCACAGCCUUUCUAGUCUGGAUUGCUUUGGCGCGCGUCUUUUGGAUAGUUUUUGGGACAUUUUUCUGCACUGUUUGCCUCUGGGAUUUAAAAAAAAAAAUUUGAUUCCGUUUCAACACUUAAAUGGCAGUUCUAAGUAUGAUUUCCUCGCACCUGCUCCUGUUGAUGUUAAACUGUUUGCUGGGCGCUGCGUCGGUGAGGACAGUAACCGUAGACAGCGGCUUUUCCCAGUCCUCUUCGGAUCCAGAUGACCUGGAUCAGGGCAUGGUCUACCAGCACAUGCACAGAUUGUACGAGAAAUGCAACAAGGAAAACCGCCUGAAAGAAGGAAACACUGUCAGGAGUUUCAAAGCCAGUCAAGAGUCGUCUGACCGCAGGCCGAUGUACCGACUCAACCUUACAACCUUACAGGACUCGGAGGUCAUCCUCUCUGCCACAUUCCACUUCCUACUUGAUAAGCACCCACAUCACAAACCUUGGUUCUGUAAACGCUUCAAGAGUCCAUCCUGUCACUCCUCAGACAUUCACCCUUCUCCGUCCGUUAGCUUGCUAUUUCGCUCUGUCUCCUCUGGGUCAGAGGUCAGAUUUGGGUCAAUGGGGUCAUUUCUAGGCAACGUGACCUUCCACCCCCACAGGAGAGGGGUGUGGCAGAUGAAAGAUGUGACCCAGGUCAUAAAGGAGGCACGGGACAAGGGUCAUCUGCUGGUGUCAGUUGAACUGGACUUACGGAGGCAGUACCAGAAGAAACCAGAGGAGACUCUCUCUGCUGGCAGCAUGCCCUACCUGUUACUGUAUGCCAGUGACCAAGCUUUAGCAGAGCCCAACAGUGUGGCUGCAAGCCUUCAGAGAUACGACCCGUUCAGUGAGGGAGGAGACACCUCACAUUCCUCUCAGGCUUCUCAGCUCCUGCACAGACCAAACUCCUCUCCAGAGUUGAAAGGACGCGUGAGAAGGGAAGCAAAUCUGCACUCUGACCCCAUCCAGAACAAUGAGCUGCCUGAGGUUGACUACAGGCCUGAUGGAUACAGGAAAGAUGACCUUUGGGAAAGCACUUGGUACCUGGCACUCAAACCCAAACCUAAAUCUGGAAGGAAGGAAAAGAAGAGAAAGAGCCAUGAGGAGGAAGGAGCAGCACAAAGUCAACGAGUGCAUGAACCUCAGGUUCUCAAAGAGGGAGAAAGAACAUCAGAGGAAAUCAAAACUGAUGACUCAACUGUGACAAAACUCAAAGAUAGUCGCACACAGACUGUCAGUGACAGGCGAAAGCAUGAGCGGAGAAAUGAGGGAAAGGAUGGAAAGAAGCACAAAGGAAGUGUGAACCCUCAGUCACCUGUUCUGAGUUUUGAUGAACAAACAAUGCGUAAAGCCAGGAGGCGGCAGUGGAGCAACAACCAGCACAGUGGCUGCUCCAGGAGGAACCUCAGAGUGGAUUUUGCAGAUAUUGGCUGGAGUGAGUGGGUCAUAGCACCAAAGGCGUUUGACGCCUACUAUUGUGCCGGUACGUGUGGAUUUCCCAUGCCCAAGGUGACGAGGCCAUCUAACCACGCCACCAUCCAGAGCAUAGUCCGAGCUGUUGGGAUUAUCCCUGGGGUUCCUGAGCCUUCCUGUGUCCCUGAAAGUAUGAGUCCUCUGGCUGUGCUCUACCAGGAUGAAUCCAGGAACCCAGUGCUCAAGAUUUACCCCAAUAUGUCCGUCCAGUCCUGCUCAUGCAGAUAGGAGGGAGGUGGAAUCGGAGCAGGACGGAUGUGGAGAGAAACAGAAAACAAGACUAAUGGAGACAGAACCAUACCUCUGUUAAGUGGUUUCCUCAUACUGAGAAACAAAGUCACUUUGGCCGUCGCAUUUCCUCAAGGAACUUAGGCUAUAAAGAAAUCACUUCCAUCUCUCCUGUCCUGCGGCAGCAGACUUGAAGAGACACAUUGUCUGGCAUCUGCGUUAGCAAGAGGAAGAGAGUCAAACAUGUAAAGGCAGUGCUCCACAUGUCUCUGAAGCCCAGCAGGUUUUAUUCUGUUUUAAAUAAUACUGACAUGGGCAGGAGCAUUUCAGAGAUGUUUUCCUUUUUAUCGCAGAAUGUACUUGUUUUUCAAAGAGCUCACAGUGAGUUUGUGUUCAUGUUUUCUUUGGAUACAAAGAUUAUAAAUAAAAGACUUUAUUAGUGUGUCAUCGGGCAGCUUACACAGCAGCAUACACAAGAGAGAUUAUCAAACAUUUUUACAUACUGCAUCCAGCUGUUCUUAAUUUUAAGCCAAUCACACGGCACAUUGUACAUACAUGCAAAGUUAAUUUGUUUGCAAGACAGGAAGGUUAUUGUACAUUCGAGCUCUUCAUAUCUUAAAAGGAAGUAUCCAAUGAAUUGUAGAGAGCAUCUGGAAUUCAUUUACACCCACCAACCCCCUCAUAACACUUCAAGAAUGUUAUAAUGAAACCAGAAAUAUUUUUCUAUUUUGAAUGUGAAACUUGGUUAAAAAUAAUUUGUCAUGGUUACUAGAAAAUGUAUUACUAUAUUUUAGAUGUGUUUUGUACAUGUGUAUUGUUUAAAUUAUGAAAGGGUAGCCCUCUAUAAGUUAGAAUAAAUAAGUAAUUUAAUCCAA